CUAAACUGUUUUCUGUGAGCAUCCGAUUCGUAAGUUAUAUUCUGUUAAGCCUACGCCCGCUCUUGAACCCCUCGCAGUUAAUCUGGUCCCAUUAGUACACGUUCUGGGAGUUUUUGAAUCUUCAGAUAACAAUAAUUCAUCCACAACAUUGACAGAAGGAUACUUUUAUUUAGCUACGUGGGUUAUAAAACUUAAACUUUAUGAGCUUUUCUUGUAAUUUUCUGCUCGCCGUUUCUCGAAAUCAGUUUAAAUUAACGAAUGCUUCCUGAUGUUUCAGGAACCUCUUCACGACACAGAACACCAGUGAGGAGACUGACAUUCUCCUCCACGGAGUCAGCUCAGAUGUGAUGAUCCAGAUACUGGAUUAUAUUUAUUUUCGCGAGGUGGACAUCCACUCCGACAACGCUCGUCAGCUGCUUGAGGCGGCUGAGUACUUGUGUAAUCCGGACGUGCCUAAAGUAUGCUGCGACUUCCUCAAGAACGCGAUGGACGUCGACAACUGUGUCGGCAUCAUGCAUUUCGCAAGGGUUUCAAUAUCUCAGAGUUCGAAGGAGAUCGAAUCUGAGUCGGCUCUUACACUCGCCUGCGCCGACCUUGAGACUCGUGCUCGUAGCCUCGUUCUGCGCCACUUCGUGGAAGUGUCUCAGAAGAGCGAAGAACUGCUGGAACUGCCUGCAGAGGAGCUGCAAGCGAUAAUCGAGUCCGAGGAACUGAACGUGAAGGACGAGAGAGUUGUGUGGGAGUGCAUUCUCCGGUGGAUCAACCACGACCCGAACAACAGGAAAGGUCAUAUCGCGGACCUUUUGAAGGGCGUCAGACUGGGACGUCUGGACACAAAAGUUUUCAAGGAG